GAUUCGUUUAUUUAGCGUGCUUCUGUUUUUGGAGCCCAAGCUAUCCCCAACCCCAGCGACUUGCACCCAUCAAGGCGCCGAGAUUGGGCGAAUAGCGAGCAAAUACGUCCGUGUUUCUCUGCCAGCUCCCCCGCCGACCUCCCCUCCUCAAUCACCGGCGCUGACAGCAGACAAGGCCGAGGUUGUGAUAGAGCAGGCCCAGCCGCCGAGGCUCGACCUGUCUACCUCACCUCUGCAUCAUACGACACCCAGCCCACAACAGACCAAAACCCGGUGCACCGCUGAACCGACCUCGAACAAGGUCGAGGGGAACGCAGAUAGGCAACACUUCAUCACAACAUCAGUGGCCAAUAUGAACCACCACCACCACACUCAGCAACAGCAGCAGAAAGCCGGCGAGCAACAGCUUAGCGAACCCGAGGAUAUGGAGAUGGAAGCUGGGGACACAGAUGACCCUCCAAGAAUCCCAGCCAACCCAGUGAUCAACGGCAACGUGGCCAUGGCCGAAGGACAAAACAACACGGAGGAAGACAUGGAAGACGACACUAGCUGGCGGUCGGAAGCCACCUUCCGCUUUGUGGUGGAGCGGUUCAGCCGUCUCAGUGAGUCGGUGCUCAGCCCCUCCUGCUUUGUGCGCAACCUGCCCUGGAAGAUUAUGGUGAUGCCACGCUUCUACCCAGACCGGCCGCACCAGAAGAGUGUGGGCUUCUUCCUGCAGUGCAACGCUGAAUCCGACUCGACGUUACUGACCUCUGAUUUGAUGGCCUCCAGGUCGUGGUCAUGUCACGCCCAGGCCAUGCUGAAGAUCAUCAACUAUAAAGACGAUGAGAAGUCGUUCAGCCGCAGGAUCAGCCACCUGUUCUUCCACAAGGAGAACGAUUGGGGCUUUUCCAACUUCAUGUCCUGGAGUGAUGUAACUGAUCCCGAGAGAGGCUUUGUUGAUGACGACAAAGUUUCCUUUGAGGUUUACGUCCAGGCGGAUGCCCCACAUGGAGUGGCCUGGGACUCAAAGAAACACACAGGCUACGUUGGACUGAAGAACCAGGGAGCUACCUGCUACAUGAACAGCCUGCUGCAAACACUGUUUUUCACCAACCAACUGCGGAGGGCAGUAUACAUGAUGCCCACAGAGGGUGACGACUCCUCAAAGAGUGUCCCCCUGGCGCUGCAAAGGGUGUUCUACGAGCUCCAGCACAGUGACAAGCCAGUCGGCACCAAGAAACUCACCAAAUCCUUUGGGUGGGAGACCUUGGACAGCUUCAUGCAACACGACGUCCAGGAGCUCUGCAGAGUGCUCCUUGACAACGUGGAGAAUAAAAUGAAGGGCACCUGCGUUGAGGGAACCAUCCCAAAGCUCUUUCGAGGAAAGAUGGUGUCGUACAUCCAAUGCAAGCAUGUGGACUACCGAUCCGAGCGGAUAGAGGACUACUACGACAUCCAGCUCAGCAUCAAAGGAAAGAAAAACAUCUUUGAGUCUUUCAAGGACUAUGUGGCCACAGAGCAGUUGGAUGGGGACAACAAAUAUGAUGCAGGAGAGCAUGGCUUGCAGGAAGCUGAGAAGGGGGUCAAGUUCCUCACCUUCCCCCCCAUCCUUCACCUUCAGCUGAUGAGGUUCAUGUACGACCCCCAGACCGACCAAAACAUCAAGAUCAAUGACAGGUUUGAGUUCCCAGAGCAGCUCCCGUUGGACGAGUUCCUGCAGAAGACCGACUCGAAGGACCCGGCCAACUACAUCCUGCACGCUGUGCUGGUGCACAGCGGGGACAACCACGGGGGCCACUACGUUGUGUACCUCAACCCCAAGGGCGACGGCAAAGUCAGCGUCAAGGAGCCAAUCUGGUGUAAGUUUGAUGACGACGUGGUGUCACGCUGCACCAAGGAGGAGGCCAUCGAGCACAACUACGGCGGCCACGACGACGACCUCUCUGUGCGCCACUGCACCAACGCCUACAUGCUGGUGUACAUCCGGGAGUCCAAGCUCGGUGAGGUGCUCCUGCCGGUGACGGACGUGGACAUCCCCCAGCAGCUGGUGGAGCGUCUUCAGGAGGAGAAGAGGGUGGAGGCCCAGAAGAGGAAGGAGCGGCAGGAGGCCCAUCUCUACAUGCAGGUCCAGAUGGUGACGGAGGACCAGUUCUGCGGCCACCAGGGCAACGACAUGUACGACGAAGAGAAGGUCAAGUACACGAUCUUCAAGGUGCUGAAGAGCUCAACACUCCAGGAGUUUGUGCAGAAUCUCUCCCAGACUAUGGGGUUCCCCCAGGACCAGAUGAGGCUCUGGCCCAUGCAGGCCCGCAGCAACGGCACCAAGCGGCCUGCCAUGCUGGACUACGAGGCCGACUGCAACAAGUCGAUGAUUGACUUGAGCGACAACGAGAACCCGUGGACAAUAUUUUUGGAGACGGUGGACCCAGAAAUGGCUGCAAGUGGCGCAACGUUACCCAAGUUCGACAAAGACCAUGAUGUCAUGCUGUUCCUGAAGAUGUAUGAUCCUAAAACCAGAAGCUUAAAUUAUUGUGGACAUAUCUACACACCUAUAUCCUGCAAAAUAAGAGACCUGCUGCCCGUCAUGUGUGAGAGAGCAGGGUUUCAGCAGGAAACUAGCCUUAUCCUCUAUGAGGAAGUAAAGCCCAACCUAACGGAGCGGAUCCAGGACUACGACGUGUCUCUGGACAAGGCCCUGGACGAGCUCAUGGAUGGGGACAUCAUUGUCUUCCAGAAAGUCCCGUCUCCAGAGGCAGCGCUACGUUCUCCCGGGCCUUUGACACAUGAACCACUUCUACCCAGGGACGACCCGGAGAACGACAGCAGCGAGCUGCCCACCGCCAAGGACUACUUCCGGGACCUCUACCACCGCGUGGACGUCAUCUUCUGUGACAAGACCAUCCACAACGACCCCGGCUUCGUGGUCACGCUCUCCAACCGCAUGAACUACUUUCAGGUGGCCAAGACGGUGGCCCAGCGGCUGAACACGGACGCCAUGCUGCUGCAGUUCUUCAAGUCCCAGGGGUACAGGGACGGCCCCGGGAACCCGCUCAGGCACAACUACGAGGGCACGCUGCGCGACCUGCUGCAGUUCUUCAAGCCCCGGCAGCCCAAGAAACUCUACUACCAGCAGUUAAAGAUGAAGAUCACAGACUUUGAGAACAGGAGGAGUUUCAAGUCCAUAUGGCUCAACAGCCAGUUCAGAGAGGAGGAGAUCACCCUGUACCCGGACAAGCACGGCUGCGUGCGGGACCUGCUGGACGAAUGUAAAAAGGCGGUCGAGCUCUCCGACAAAGGCUCAGAGAAGCUCAGGCUGCUGGAGAUAGUAAGCUAUAAAAUCAUCGGCGUCCACCAGGAAGACGAGCUGCUAGAAUGUUUAUCCCCGGCCGCCAGCCGCACCUUCAGAAUAGAGGAGCUUCCCAUGGACCAGGUGGACCUGGACAAGGACAGCGAGAUGCUGAUCCCCGUCGCCCACUUCCACAAGGAGGUCUUCGGCACCUUCGGGAUCCCGUUCCUGCUAAAGAUCCGACAGGGAGAGUCCUUCAGAGACGUGAUGAGGCGGAUCCAGACCAUGUUGGACGUCCAGGAGAAGGAGUUUGAAAAGUUCAAGUUUGCUAUUGUUAUGAUGGGCCGGCAUCAGUACAUCACAGAGGACGAGUACGAGGUCAACCUGAAGGACUUCGAGCCACAACCAGGCAACAUGUCCCACCCGCGGCCCUGGCUCGGCCUGGACCACUUCAACAAAGCGCCAAAGAGAGGCCGCUACACCUACCUGGAGAAGGCCAUCAAGAUCCACAACUAAAGCAACCCCACCCACCUAACUCUUCAUCAACGCGCGCCGCUAUUCCACCUCUCACACACAUACACACACACAACACACAUGCACACACGCAUAAAUAUACACACACUUACACUAGAGUGUUCUGCGUGUGGACCCACCAUCUGUUGCCCCGCACCACGCCCACUCGUCGUCCAGAUAUGGAUCCCGCUGUAAGGGAUCCCCCUCCUUUUCCGUUUUGACUCGCCUUCUUUUCUUUCUGAAUGGCUGCUCUGCUUCACUCUCAUAGCUCCUCCUCCUCCCCUCUGUUGGGUUUCCUCGUAUCUAGAAUUGGCAGAUUUUAAAAAACCACACGAAAUGUACAAAAUGAAAAAAAAAAUAAUAAUCACACAGGCGAGGGGAGAAUUUUGAAACUUCUAAACGUUCAAUUAGUUGAGCUUUUGUUCUUCCUGGUCUCAUCCAGUCCCCUGCACCCCACGGCCCCUCACGGCCCCCCCCCACCGUGCCCCCUCAGGUUCUCUGGGCGGGAGGGCCACGGCGCGGGGGAGACGAGUGCUGCUCGGGACGGCUCCUGAGACCUGGCGGGGGGGUCGUUUCCCCCUUUUGUUUCAGCUGGGGCUCCUCACUUUUGUUUCGCCCACCAACUGGAUUUCCGUCUCCCCCCCCCCCCCCCCCCACGACACACCAAUCCUGCAAUUGUCAACGUAAGAGUAACUCGACACGCAUUCAAAAAUGAAACAUCUCAAUGUUUUCCGUUCAUGCCUAAUCUCGGUUGGAUGAAAAGUAGAAGCAUCUACUUUUGGUUGUCUUUUUGGAUGGUUUUAUGUCAAAUUCCACAGCGUUUGAAAAAUAAAUAAAAUAAAAGGAACAUUAUUGAAGGAAUCGUCUGUAAUUCAGCUUGCACGUUAGCACUUAACGUCAACGGUCUGCAUUUCUCAGGACUGGUAAAUGUGAACUUUUGGGUGGCCGUUUCAUUGCACCUUCUAAGGAACCCCGUAUUCUGUCCCUUUCCCUUCAACCCCCCCUGCACCCCAACCACCUUCCACCAUUCUCCACCUAGGGCCUAAGCCAGUCACGUAUGCGUUCAUAUACAUAUAACCCGUUCCUCCUUGCUCCCCCCCCUCUUUUCCUUGUUCAGUGCAAGUGAGUACUGUCACCGCCCAGUGGUUGAAAGCGGCAACUGCGCUGUGCUUUGUAGGGAGCUGCAGACAUUUAGAACCCACUGGUUUGAGGAUCGUUUAGAGACAAAACCAGCAUUGUUAGAAAAACACUUAAAGCCCUUUUUGAUUGUUUUCUUUUCCCUCGUUUUAUUUUGUUGGUUUUUAUUUUCACAGCAACGAAGGAAUGCCCCCAUAGCGCGUAGUUGGCUCUGUAAAGACGACAUUUAAGAAUUGUAUAUUUAAAAAUAUGGACGUGUAAAAUUUAAAGAGGCACAAACGCUUUCGUUGUUGGGUACAAAUGGAGCCGGGUGUUCAUAUUUCUUGUGUGUGGGAUUUUAUUUUUGAGUUCCUGGAAAUUUCCAUUGAAAGAUUUUUUUGUUGGGUUUUUUUCUUCUAAACAACUUGCAUUGGUUUUAAAUGCAGUACAAAGUUGACCUGCAUAUUCUCAACUUAAUUUGAUCUUUUCCGGUAAAAAAAAAAAAAUCCUCAGUGUAGCAGCAGACUAUUCCUGUAUAUUGCCUUUUUGCUGGAAAUGUAUGUUGAAUAAAAUUUUCUAUAAAAACAAA